AUGAGCGCGGGGGGGGAUGGGGGCUGGGUUGGCCCCCCUGAGCUGGCGGGGGCCCAGCCGACUGCCGCGACCCCCCCCAUCCUUGGCCGGAAUCCCGAAACUGGCCAGGACGGACAGCAGGCCGCCACCGCGCAGUCUCAGACGGGGCAGACUCUUGGGACCAGCACAGGUGCCGCUGCCGCCGCCGCCGCUGCUGCCGCCGCGGCCAAAUCUGCUACCAAAAGGCCGGCUCGCAGAGGUGGUAAAGCGCCGCCCGACAGACCAAACAGGACCCUCUUUUGUUUACCCCUUAAGAAUCCCCUUCGAAAAAUGUGCAUCGACGUCGUCGAAUGGAAACCUUUCGAGUGGCUUAUUCUCAUGACGAUAUUCGCCAACUGCAUCGCCCUUGCGGUCUACACACCGUAUCCCUACGGCGAUUCUAAUUUGACCAACCAAUAUUUGGAAAAAAUAGAGUAUAUAUUUCUUGUGAUUUUUACGGUCGAGUGCGUUAUGAAGAUCAUCGCUUACGGCUUCGUGGCUCACCCCGGGGCUUAUCUUCGAAACGGCUGGAACAUAUUAGAUUUCUCGAUAGUAGUGAUAGGAAUGGUGAGCACGGUGUUAUCCGUGCUGAUGAAGGAAGGAUUCGACGUGAAAGCGUUAAGGGCAUUUCGGGUGCUACGACCUCUCAGGCUGGUUUCAGGAGUACCAAGUCUGCAAGUGGUCCUAAACUCUAUUUUAAGAGCGAUGAUACCCCUCCUCCACAUCGCUCUCCUCGUUCUGUUCGUCAUCAUUAUUUACGCCAUCAUCGGCCUCGAGCUCUUCUCCGGCAAGAUGCACAAAACGUGCAGGCACAAUAUGACCGAUGCGAUCAUGGACGAUCCAGUUCCUUGCGGGCCGGGCGGCUACCAGUGCGACAACGUGGGAUCCGACUAUUAUUGCAGCAAGCAAUUUUGGGAGGGGCCGAAUUGGGGCAUCACGAAUUUCGACAACUUCGGCCUGGCCAUGUUGACCGUCUUCCAAUGCGUCACCCUCGAGGGCUGGACCGAAGUGCUUUACAACAUCGAGGACGCGAUGGGAAGCUCGUGGCAGUGGAUUUAUUUCAUCUCCAUGGUCAUACUUGGGGCUUUCUUCGUUAUGAAUCUGAUUCUCGGUGUUCUGUCCGGCGAGUUCUCAAAGGAGAGGGAGAAGGCGAAGGCGAGGGGCGACUUUCACAAAUUGAGGGAGAAACAGCAGAUCGAGGACGAUCUGAGAGGUUAUCUGGACUGGAUCACGCAGGCGGAGGACAUCGAGCCGGAGACCGACGAGCCGAAAAUGCAGGACGGGAAGACGAAACAACAGAGCGAAAUGGAGAGCACGGACCAAUUGGAGGGUGACGAGGAAGGGGUGCAACAGGAAUCUCUGUGGAGAAGGAAAAAGCUGGAUUUCGAUAGAGUGAACAGAAGGAUGAGGAGGGCCUGCAGGAAAGCCGUUAAGUCGCAAGUUUUCUAUUGGUUGAUCAUAGUGUUGGUUUUCCUGAAUACCGGCGUCCUUGCGACCGAGCACUACAAUCAACCUCAUUGGUUGGACGAUUUUCAAGAAAUCACCAAUAUGUUUUUCAUCGCGUUGUUUUCCAUGGAAAUGAUGCUGAAAAUGUAUAGCUUAGGAUUCCAAGGUUACUUUGUCUCGUUGUUCAAUCGUUUCGAUUGUUUCGUCGUGAUCGGCUCGAUCACCGAGAUGAUCCUCACGAAUACUCACGUGAUGCCACCGCUCGGCGUUUCCGUUCUCCGUUGCGUCCGGUUACUCAGGGUAUUUAAAGUGACAAAAUAUUGGAGGUCGUUGUCGAAUUUGGUGGCUUCCCUUUUAAACUCUAUACAAUCGAUCGCGUCUCUGUUGCUUCUGCUCUUCCUUUUUAUCGUGAUCUUUGCCCUUCUGGGUAUGCAGGUGUUUGGCGGAAAAUUCAAUUUUAACGUUUUAGAGAACAAACCUCGUCACAAUUUCGACAGUUUCUGGCAAAGUUUGCUGACCGUCUUUCAGAUACUAACCGGCGAAGAUUGGAACGCCGUUAUGUACGAUGGGAUCAGAGCGUACGGCGGUGUUUCGAGCUUUGGCAUGCUCGCCUGUUUCUACUUCAUCAUUCUCUUUAUAUGCGGUAAUUAUAUCCUGCUGAACGUGUUCUUGGCUAUCGCUGUUGACAACCUUGCGGACGCCGAAUCGUUAACUGCCAUCGAAAAGGAAGCCGAGGAAGAGGCGGAGAAAAAUAAAUCUCACAGCGCCUCGCCGACCAGGGACAAAGAUAGCGGGGAACAAGGCGAUGACGGUGGCGAGGGAACCGGGGCCGAGGACGAAGGUGGCGGGACCGAUCUUGAACACGAUCCGAACGAGACGAUGGAGGAUUACGAGGCAGCUGUCGAUACUGAAACGUCGGAGAAAAGCGACGACAUGAAUACUCACGCCAAGGUACGAUUGAACAUAGAAUCGGACGAGGAGGUGGAGGAGGAGGAGGAGGUGGAGCACAAUGAGAUGCACGACGAUGGGACGGAGCAAGGAGUGUCUGCCAGGCCGCGAAGGAUGUCCGAAUUUAACAUGGCCACCAAGAAACAACCGAUUCCGGCCGGUUCGGCUUUCUUCAUUUUCUCGCAAACGAACAGAAUUCGAAUAUUCUGCCACUGGCUGUGCAAUCACAGCUACUUCGGCAACGUGAUCCUCGUGUGCAUCAUGAUAUCCUCGGCUAUGCUGGCGGCCGAGGAUCCUUUACGCGCCUCCUCCCCCAGAAACUUGGUUUUGCAGAAGUUCGACUAUUUCUUCACCACUGUAUUCACGAUCGAGAUCUGUUUAAAGAUGAUCUCCUACGGUUUCAUUAUACACGAGGGUGCAUUCUGCCGAUCGGCGUUCAACUUGCUCGAUCUUCUGGUCGUGUGCUCCUCUCUGAUCUCAAUGUCUUUCAGUUCCGGGGCAUUCUCCGUCGUCAAAGUUCUUCGCGUGCUGCGCGUGUUGAGGCCUCUACGCGCCAUCAAUCGUGCCAAGGGAUUAAAGCACGUAGUACAGUGCGUCAUCGUAGCGGUAAAGACUAUCGGAAACAUAGUCCUCGUCACCAGCCUCCUGCAGUUCGUGUUCGCCGUCGUUGGCGUACAACUGUUCAAGGGAAAAUUUUUCUAUUGUACCGAUGCAUCGAAAAUGACCAAGGAGGAAUGCCAGGGUACGUAUCUCGAAUUCGAGAACGGUAAUAUCAAUAAGCCAAUCAUGAAGGAGAGAAAUUGGUGCCAGCAACGUUUCCAUUUUGACGACGUUGCGAAAGCGAUGCUUACGCUUUUCACCGUGUCGACGUUCGAAGGUUGGCCGUCAUUACUAGACUACUCGAUCGACUCUAACAAGGAGGAUCAUGGACCAAUUCAUAAUUUUCGACCGAUAGUGGCCGCGUACUACAUCAUUUACAUCAUUAUCAUAGCAUUCUUCAUGGUGAACAUCUUCGUUGGUUUCGUUAUUGUCACUUUCCAGAACGAGGGUGAGCAAGAGUACAAAAACUGCGAGCUCGAUAAAAAUCAGCGGAAUUGCAUCGAGUUUGCGUUAAAGGCGAAACCAGUACGAAGAUACAUACCGAAGCAUCGAAUACAGUACAAAGUGUGGUGGUUCGUCACAUCUCAGCCGUUCGAGUACACCAUUUUCACUCUGAUCAUGAUCAACACCGUGACGCUAGCGAUGAAGUUUUAUCGACAACCGGAAAUCUACACGCAAGCAUUAGACGUUCUUAAUAUGAUCUUCACAGCGGUGUUUGCCCUCGAGUUUAUCUUUAAAUUGGCGGCCUUUCGAUUUAAGAACUAUUUCGGGGACGCUUGGAACGUUUUCGACUUCAUCAUAGUUCUCGGAAGUUUCAUCGACAUCGUCUACUCCGAGGUUAAUCCUGGUUCGACUAUCAUUUCCAUCAAUUUUUUCCGGUUGUUUCGAGUGAUGCGACUAGUCAAAUUGUUGAGCAGAGGGGAAGGUAUAAGAACGCUUCUCUGGACAUUUAUCAAAUCUUUCCAAGCUCUGCCCUACGUAGCAUUAUUAAUCAUAAUGCUAUUUUUCAUUUAUGCCGUGAUAGGCAUGCAGGUAUUUGGAAAAAUAGCAAUCGACGAUGAGACGUCGAUAAAUCGAAACAACAAUUUUCAAUCGUUCCCGCAAGCGGUAUUGGUCCUGUUUCGAUCGGCUACAGGCGAAUCUUGGCAGGAAAUAAUGAUGGACUGUUCGGUGCAACCGGGUAAAGUAAAAUGCGAUCCGAACAGCGACGAAGCGCUCAACACAAAUGGCUGUGGAUCCGACAUUGCAUUUCCCUACUUUAUAUCUUUCUACGUUUUAUGCUCGUUCCUCAUCAUCAAUCUGUUCGUCGCCGUAAUCAUGGAUAAUUUCGAUUACUUGACGAGAGAUUGGUCCAUCCUGGGUCCCCACCAUUUGGACGAGUUUAUUCGUCUCUGGUCCGAGUACGACCCCGACGCCAAAGGUCGUAUCAAGCAUCUGGACGUGGUCACUCUUCUCAGAAAGAUAUCUCCGCCGUUGGGUUUCGGUAAACUCUGCCCUCACCGCGUCGCAUGUAAAAGACUAGUCUCGAUGAACAUGCCGUUGAACAGCGACGGUACGGUUCUGUUCAACGCGACACUGUUCGCCGUGGUGAGAACCUCGUUAAGGAUCAAAACCGAGGGGAAUAUCGAUGACGCGAAUGCCGAGCUGAGAGCGGUGAUCAAGAAAAUUUGGAAAAGAACCAGUCCCAAACUUCUGGACCAAGUGGUCCCGCCUCCAGGCGGCGACGACGAGGUGACCGUUGGUAAAUUUUACGCCACAUUUUUGAUCCAAGACUACUUCAGAAGGUUCAAGAAGCGGAAAGAGCAAGAAAUGAAGGACGGCGACAAAGAGUGUCACAAUACCGUCACGCUUCAGGCCGGUCUAAGAACUUUGCACGAGGCCGGACCCGAAUUGAAGAGGGCCAUUUCAGGGAAUUUGGAAGAACUUUUGGACGACAAUCCGGAACCUAUGCACAGGAGGAAUCAUUCGUUGUUCGGCAGCGUUUGGUCGAGUAUGAGGAAAGGGCAUCACAGUUUCAAUCGGGCCAGAUCGUUGAAGGUGAACUCGACGAGCAAGGCUUCCCCGACAAAUUCCAUCGACUUCGUGCCGUACUCGUCGUUCCACAGAGGUGGUGGGGAUCCAUCGAAUCAAAUUACCGCGAGAUCUCAUCAAGUGGUGCCGAACGUAGCAGGCGGUUUGAGCGACAGCGCGAUGAACCAAAUGGGGAUCGACCCUAAGUUGACCGGUAUCGAGGAGAGCAUACCGCUGAGACCGUUGGCCGUGUUCGGGAAUCCCGUCCAGCAACAAUCCUAUCACCACACUUCCUACAAAGUACUCGAGUGUUGCCCGUGUCGCGCGGUGCGUCCAAUGCGCGUCGACCUCGUCGCGGCUGCUCGAACCAGUGUACAGGACGGAAUCGAGCGGCAGCUGACGCCACCGACGCCACCACCCCGAAGGAACCUACCGCCACCACCACCACCAUCACCACCACCACUACCACAACCCCACUCCAUUGAUCCUGCAAGCACCGGCACUCCGCUGCUGCACUCCGCGCAAGUCUCGUCCGGCAAGUCGGCCAGCGCGACCACCUCGAUCGCCACGUGCACCAACACGUCGACCGCAACCAGCAGCCCCAGCCUCGGAUCGUCCUCCAACGGGAUACGAUGUUACGCGACCAGGGGUUGCUGCGUCGAUUGUGCCGUCUGGAGUAAUCAUGCCAUAGAUCGCGAGGAGUUUGGGGAUUCGUCGGCUACGACGAGCGAGUACAGCGAAGAAUCCGGUGGAUCGAGAGGCUCGGCAGGCUCGAGAGGUUCCGGAGUGUCUAGCAACGGUUGGAGCAACUCGGAAAAGAUUGGUGGAGGGGGAGGAGGAGGAGGGGGAGGAUCGCUGAGGCAGGAAUUGGCGGUAGCGUCUCGGUGCCGGGUUCAGAGUGGACGCGAUCCGUUGGUCGGCAAGUCAGCGCCCUCUAGUUUUCGAAAGCGGGAGGGUACAGGUGGUGGUGGACAGUCGGGCAGCUCGACCACGUCCGCGAGCACCGGAUUCGCGCGCAGUGUCGCCAACGGCCUCAAGCUCGCCCAAACCCAGGCGAUCGCUGUGGCCGGCUUCCUUGCCGACGUGGACUCGCGACACGACCGAAUCUGCGCCUCCUGCCUGUCGCAUCGGGCCUCUUACCACGGCAGAGUUUCCUGGGCUGGAGAGAGUAACGGAAGCAUCGGCGCAGAGCGCCUGUCCCACAGCUUGCCAGGCAGCCCAGCCGAUCGGAAGCCCAAUUUCGAGGUGAUAGGGAGCGCGGAGAGCCUAGUCGGCCGGGUUCUGGUGGAACAAGGAUUGGGCAAGUACUGCGACCCGGAUUUCGUGAGGUACACGUCGCGAGAGAUGCAGGAAGCGUUGGACAUGACGCGAGAAGAGAUGGAUCGAGCGGCUCACCAGCUUCUCCUUCAGGAACGUCGCGGGCAACCGUUGUCCUAUCAAUUGCAGCAGGGAAUGGACCAACAAUGGACGUCGUCCUAUCAGCCAAGCCAAUCGACGGGAAUCGGGUAUCAACCUUUGCAAGAGCAACAAUCGUCCGGACAGCCGCGACAAUAUCGAUCGUAUUAUCGCGGUGGUGGACAAGCGACCACGACCUCGGAUCCGUCGUCGAUCCAGCAACAACAACAGCAGCAGCAGCAACAACAGCAGCAGCAGCCACCGCCGUCUUAGCGACGCGUCCAUCGGCCGAUAGAUCUUAGUGUUCCUAACUCGUUCACCUUCGUCGAACGAGAUCAAGUUUCGUCCCGGAUCGAUCGUCGCGGCUAGAACGAAGAGCGAAACGAAACAGUGACCGCGAUCUCUUCGAUGUUCCCUUUCUCUCGUUACGUGUGUAACGAAGCGUAACGAAGAGGGGAACGAGAGAGGUCGGGUAGGGGUGAUUGUGGAAAAGAAAUGAACGCGGGCGCAAGCAAUAAAAAAAGCAACGAGAGCAACGAGCGUUCACGCGUCCAAGAAAGGGAGAUGGGGAUUGGAAUCGAUUAUUUUUCGGAAAGGAAAUCGAUCGUGCGCGAUCCUUUCCGAUUCGAGGGAGAGUAUGGCGCGUCGCGCAAACACUAUCACGACGACGAUGACGUGAGAAAUGAGAGAGAAACUCGUCGCGAACGAUUAAUCCUUAUUGCUCUCGUUCUUAAUAACUUAUUCCUUCGAUUACCGUUGUUUAGGAUAUAAAUUGAACUCACUAUUGCUCUUCGUACGAUGGAUUACUAGAUGAGAUAACAAGUGCCUAAGUAUCUGUAACUUCUUUCGGACCAGAGAAGACUUUUAUCAACUGAGACAAAAAAAAAAAUACUAUUACCGCGAAUUA